AUGGCGGACACAGAGGCCAAUCGCAACCAGAGCACAGAACGAGCCGGGACAAUCAAAUCCCUGACAUCGAUUCUCAAGACCAUUCCCAUCAUUGCUGGUCCGGUUUUAACGGUCACCAUAUUUGCAUCUAUUGUAGCCUAUCUCGAUGCGCAAGGCAAAGCCAUCAGUCUCACCAAUAAUGUCGUGCCACUCCUUUCAGUCGUCGUUGGUUUGAUUCUGGUGUUUCGUAACAGUACGAGCUACGACAGAUGGGCUGAAGGCCGACGCGAUUUUAGCAUUAUGACGGCCAAUAUACGAAAUCUUGGACGCAGUAUCUGGAUCACUGUCAAUCUCCCCGACGAUGCCGAAGCAACGGCUCGCUAUGUCAGAUCUUUGCCGGUUUACCUGCAGAUGCCCCACUUGGCGAGGGCACCUUCUGAUACUUCAUCAAGUACUGCUCAUCAAAUAGCAUCGGCACAGAACCUCGGUGUAGCGGACCAUCUUCGUCAAGAGAAGAUUCGGGUCAUUAAGCUGCUGGUCGCGUUUGCAAUCGCGACCAAGCAUCAUCUACGAAAUGAGCCCGGUCUUGACUAUGAGGACUAUAGCGGGCUCAUCCCACCAGAGAUAUAUAGAGACGAAUCGUCCGGUUGGGAAAGGACGACGUCGCCUCAAGAUGAAAACUUUCCUACAAGCACCCGUACUCCUGCCCAUUCAAUUUCCCAGCCAGGCUCGAAGUCGCGUUUCAAUCCAUUGCGCCGGGCUGCCACCGCUACAACACCUCUACUAGCGGACAGUCAACGAGCCACAGUUACAUUUCACGCAUAUCCUGAACGUCAUCCAAUGGCUCUACCUCUCAUCAUUUCAGCUGAGAUAGCCAGAUACUUAUACAAGUUCAAGCGCCUUGGUUGCCUGGAUCCUGUCGGACCAGCGAUGCACAAUGGCAUGCAAGCCCUACUGCAGAGUAUGGUGGAUCAGCUCACUUCUAUGGAAAGAGUUUCAACAACCCCUAUUCCGCGAAGCUGUAAGUCGUGGUCAUUUCUCAAGGCCAUACUUAUGCGAGCGUACAUAGACUCCAUUCAUUUGAAGCAGGCUGUCACUGCCUUUUUGUUUACUUUGAGUUGA